AUGAUAUCGUCUAACUGGUAUGGUCUAGAGAAUCUUGAAACACUUGACUGCAGUGAGAAUUCACUUUCUGGGGUCAUUCCACCAUCAUUCUUUUUCCUACCAUCACUGACGGAUUUAUGUCUGAAUGACAACAACUUUUAUGGCCAAAUAACAGAAUUACAGAAUGUGACUUCUUCACUAACAAAUCGAAACUUGGGAGACAACAACUUAGAUGGGCCAUUACCUGACUUUUUCUUUCAGCUACACAAUCUUUCGCAUCUGUCACUCUCAUUCAACAAUUUCACUGGCACCGUGCAGUUGGAUAAGUUUACAAAACUGAAGAAGCUUGCCAAUCUUGAUCUGUCCCAUAACAGAUUAAUCAGAUAUUGCCUUGCUCCCUCAGUUGUUUGUCUUAAGUUCACACAUUUGCAAGUACCUUAUAGAUUUGGCUUUCUAAAUUCCUUGGAUCUACAUGCAAACCUGCUUACUGGGGAGGUUUCAUUACCACCACCUACAGCACUAUAUGUGGACUUGUCUAGAAAUAAACUUUAUGGUUUUAUCUCACCUGAUUUCAGUAAUUACCUCUCAAGUUCCUGGUUCUUCUCAGUUGCAAACAACAAAAUCAGCGGCACUAUCCCUUCUUCAAUAUGCAAUGCGACCGAUCUUGAAGUACUCGACUUGUCCAGCAAUAACUUGAAUGGCAGUAUACCAGCAUGCUUAGCUGAACAAAGCCUGACAGUACUUCACCUUGGUGGAAACAAUAUCAGGGGCAAUAUGCCUGGAAACUUUACAGAGUAUUGUCGCUUGGAAAUGAUAGACCUAAGCCAUAAUCACUUGGAAGGGAAGAUUCCUCAGUCGUUAUCCAAUUGCAGCAAUCUAAAGGCGUUAAAUGUGGGGAGCAACAAGAUAAGUGAUACCUUUCCCUGCUGGCUGAGAAGGUUAUCCUAUCUCCAUGUACUCAUGUUACGCUUCAAUAAUUUCCAUGGCAGCAUUGAUUGCUCUAGGGUCAAUUACACCUGGCCUGCUCUCCAAAUCAUUGACCUAGCUUCCAAUAAUUUUAGUGGCGUCCUGCCAAGAAACUUAUUCUUGGAGCUGGAAGCUAUGAAGGUUGAUUCAGCACAGUCGUGUGUUGAUCACCUGUAUGCUGCCAAUAGAAUUAUUUUUGGAGAUGAUUCAAGAGCACACGUAGACAUGUACUAUCAGGACACAGUAACUAGUACUUUUAAGGGACAAGAAAUGUCUGUGCCAAAGAUUUGGUUUAACUUCAACUCAAUUGACUUUUCGAACAACGGUUUUGUUGGAGGAAUACCUGAAACAGUCGGAGAACUAAAAUCACUUUACCUUCUAAACUUGUCUCACAAUGCUCUCACUGGACAAAUCCCACCUGCAAUUGGAAAUUUGAAGGAAUUGGGAUCACUUGACCUGUCAUUCAACAAGUUAGAAGGGUGUAUACCCGAGAGGCUUUCAGGGAUACCACAUCUUUCCUUCUUAAAUUUAUCAUACAGUGAACUUGUCGGAAUGAUCCCUCGAGGAAACCAACUUCAAACCUUUGACGAUAAUUCAUUUAUGGGAAACAAGGGAUUGUGCGGCUUCCCAAUUAACAAAGCUUGCAAUAAUGACAGAGAAGAAGCACCUCUGCAGCUAGCAUCUGAAGAUGAGCAACUCUUUAGCAGGGCCGACAUCUAUGGAGGCGCUGCAGUAGGCUUUGCAGUGGGUAUGGCAAUCAUAUUUCUACCGCUCUUAGUUUCUAGAGGAUGGAGAGAAUGUUAUGACAAGCUGCUUCAUGGACUAAUUCUCUAG